AUGUUACCUUUACCAAUACCAUAUUAUCUUUACCAAUAUCAUAUUACUUUUACCAGUACCAUAUUAUCUUUUAACAAAUACCAUAUUACCAUUACCAGUUACAACACUAUCUAUCUAUCUAUCUAUCUAUCUAUCUGUUACAAUACUAUCUAUCUAUCUAUCUAUCUAUCUAUCUAUCUAUCUAUCUAUCUAUCUAUCUAUCUAUCUAUCACAGUGUCUAUAUAUCUAUCUAUCUGUCUGUUAUAUAUCGAAGAAAGAGUGUUUCUCUUUCUUUUUCAUCCUUUCCUUCUUUCUUUCUUUCUUUUGUUUGUUUGUUUCUUUCAUUCUUUCGUUAAAUAUUCUUUCUUUCUAUAUAUAUAUUCUUUCUUUCUUUCUUUCUUUCUCACUUUUCCACUUUCCUUUUUUCUCAUCAUUUCACUGUUCUGUUCCUCUUUCUUUCUUUCUUUCUUUCCCAAUUUUCUACCUUCCUUUUUUCUUAUAAUUUCUCUGUUCUGUCCCUCUUUCUUUCUUUAG